AUGGCCGUCAAGACUCAAGAGCCGGUCAUUACCAAGAUCUCAGACCUCCCUAUUGAGGAGGCGAAAUGGGUCACCCUCAAAAAGAUUGACUACGUGGACCAGGUCGGCACGCCGCGCACGUGGGAGGUUGCAACGCGAAAGACAAGAGGCAAGGCCGGCGUCGAUGCUGUGGCUAUGGGCAACGUCCUCCUCCACCCUUCCCGCCCGCCAUCGACCAUGAUCGUCAUCCAAUAUCGUCCACCACUGGACGCGUAUACGGUAGAGUGGCCGGCCGGGCUGAUUGAUGCCGAGGAGACCGCCGAACAGGCUGCGGUGCGCGAGUUCAAGGAGGAAACGGGCUACAACUGUCGCGUGAUGAGCGUGAGCCCGCCGCAAGCUGCCGACCCGGGUCUCACGAAUACCAACAUGCAGUUGGUCAUGGUCGAGGUCCAGCUGGGCGAGGAGGACGAGAUGCCAGAGCAGCGCCUGGAUGAUGGCGAGCGCAUCGAGCGCGUGGUUGUACCGCUUACCGAGUUCUACGACCGCCUAGUCGAGUACUCGAAGCAGGACCGCAUGGUUGUAGCAGCCAAGCUGUUUCACUUUGCCGCUGGAAUGAACUUUGCUAAGACGCAAAAGUACUUUGACUAA